AUGGACUUCACUAUGACACUGUACCUGAGACAUUACUGGAAGGAUGAGCGGUUGUCUUUCCCGAGUAGCACCAACAAGAGUAUGACAUUUGACAGCCGACUUGUAAAGAAGAUAUGGGUGCCUGAUGUCUUUUUCGUUCAUUCAAAAAGAUCUUUUAUACAUGAUACAACAACAGAUAACAUCAUGCUGCGAGUAUAUCCAGAUGGACAGGUUUUAUACAGCAUGAGGAUCACUGUGACGGCAAUGUGCAACAUGGACUUUAGUCGUUUUCCUCUGGACACCCAGACCUGUACCUUGGAGCUCGAGAGCUAUGCAUAUACCGAUGAAGAUCUGAUGCUCUACUGGAAGAAUGGAAAUGAAUCCUUAAAAACAGAUGAGAAGAUCUCACUAUCUCAAUUCCUGAUUCAAAAAUUCCAUACUACAUCUAGACUAGCCUUCUACAGUAGCACAGGGUGGUACAAUCGGCUGUAUAUUAAUUUCACACUGAGACGUCACAUUUUUUUCUUCCUGCUGCAAACAUAUUUCCCUGCGACUCUUAUGGUCAUGCUGUCCUGGGUCUCAUUCUGGAUAGAUCGCAGAGCCGUUCCUGCCAGAGUUUCCCUUGGUAUAACAACAGUGCUGACCAUGUCAACCAUCAUUACUGGAGUGAACGCCUCCAUGCCCCGAGUAUCAUACAUUAAAGCUGUUGACAUUUACCUGUGGGUUAGUUUUGUGUUUGUGUUUCUAUCGGUGUUGGAAUAUGCUGCUGUCAAUUACCUGACGACAGUGCAAGAGAGAAAAGAGAGGAAGAUGAGAGAAAAGUUUCCCUGCACAUGUGGGAUGUCUCACACAAAGACAAUGAUGCUGGAUGGAAUGUAUGGCGACCCUGACACGAACAGUCUGGCUGGAUACACUAAAAGUCAGAUUGCCACGGAAGACGUGGAGAAGCAGGACAAAAUGGUGGUGCAUUUGACCUUGAGUCCAAAUUCUAGUACCUCCAGGAAAAAAGGAAUUAAGGGCCAUGUUGGCUUGCGGCUAAUGCAACAUACUCACACAAUUGACACAUAUUCAAGGAUGAUCUUUCCAGCGUCAUUUAUCUUUUUUAACUUGAUAUAUUGGUCUGUGUUCUGUUAA